AUCUGAACCAAACGUCACUGUAGGAAUGCACCUUCAUAACAGAGGAGACUUGGUAUUUCAUAGUGCAUUGUACGGUUUCGGUCGCGGCCAAUUGGUCUCCAAGCAACCUACCUACCUAUUAUAUGCACAAUAAUGGCCUCAAAUUUCCUCCUCCCGCCAUCAGCCAAUGCAGGCCUUUCCCGCAAGGGAUCCGUUACUUCGAUGAACGAUGAAGAGCUCGAUUCCUACUUCGCGGCCUACGCUCCGCUCUCGAACCUCCCGACGCCCCCUCUCUCCGACGAAAGCAGCGACGAGGCUUCCUUAACGGUGUCGACGAACGACGGAGCCGUCACACCCUCUACACCGCUUUCGAUAUACGAUCUUGAAGAUCGGCCGCCCUCCCUCCAUCUUCCAUCCACACACAUCGCGAACCUGGUCCCCAACACCUCGAUCCACCGUCCCUAUGUGCCGAGCAUCCACCGUCUACUUGGUCGCUCCGGCUUGUCCCUAUCCACCAUCGCACUCGCCGCGUCUAUCCUCGAUGAUCUGAGCUCCCAUUUCGCCCGUUCGUAUCGCGCGGCGUUCACGAAUGUUUCGACGCCGUUGGAACAGCUGCCGCUCCGACGACCGUUAUCCGCUUCGUCCAAGGAGACGGUGCCGGCGCACUUUAUGGUCGGGUCGUCGGUGGUGGACGUGGAGAUGAAGGGCGCGGAUGCAUGUCCACUGCGACUGCCUCCGGCUAUGGCUACGAGCUCAUGGACAUCGGCAAGACGGUCAUCCCAAUGCUGGACGCAGCCGACCGACGUUCCCCGGCCGGAACUUGUGGCCAUCGCUGCGUUGAUGCUGGCAGUGCAGUUCUCGUCCGACACUCCGCCGUCCGCCGAGCGAUGGUCGCGGUGGAGCGAUGGCCAGUUCGAUGCGAGGCAAAUCAACCGGUGUGGAGGGCUGAUCCUCCGAGAUGUCAAGUACGGGUUGCUCGGUCUGGUGGACGGGGCGGAGAGGUGGAUCGCCCUGUGGUAGAGGAUACAGGGAGGAUAUACGAGGGGUCACUCGGGAGCCAUGAAGGCUGACUGAGGGAAGAUUCUCUGCGCCUUCCUCUCGUAUGACGAAUCUAAAGAAUUGGCGCCGAGGGAGGCAUGGAACCCGUUCGUUUGGGUAGCUGAGGCAUCUGGGCGGUGUUUGGGAAGGCUUGGAGUUCGACUACGAUACCACUGAUGAAUUCGGAGUUUUGAUGGUUAGCACAAGUAAUGGUCAGGAGGAUUUCGUACCCUGAAUUUCGUACCCUGAAUUUCGUGCCCUGAGUUUUGUACCCUGUAUUCUGGUGGCUAGAUGAUUUUAGUUCCAUACCACGCAACACAUAAUUAUGUCUACGGCAUGCCGGGAAUCGCUGUUGUGUAUUACUGCAACGUACUGG